AUGAGAAAGAAAUUCACCUUGACCUUCGCGAAGAACGUGAAGGAACUUACGAAAGGAAUAUUUGGGAAUGUGACAUUCCAGGAAAUUUUCAUUUGGUCGACCCGCUUGACCUUGGAUCCCGCAGCAUUGCUUUCUUCAAAGGAUCGACUGGAGGACGUGUCAAUCAUGUCCAGCGCCAUGGACGAGUUCCCGUUUCAUAUCCUUCCACAGCUGACCAAGCUGAAAAGAUUGGACCUCACUGGCAAUCUGUUGAAGAGAGUGCCCGCCCUCGCAAGCCCCAAAUACAACACCAUGUCGGGCUUCCCCCCUGGACUGGUCGAGGGAAUGAGGAACCUGACGCAUUUUGAUGCUUCUGGCUGCAAUCUGGGACUGAUUUUACCGAAGGGAUCCCUGACGUUCCAGGGCGAAGUAUUGUCAGUAGUGUCUCUAAAACGAAAUGAAAUCGUCAAUCUAGAACGUGGAGCCAUCACAGUAAACGGUCUUCAUAUGACAUCAAGCCGAAUGUAUUUGCCCAUCUCGUAUGCAGUCUUGAUAGUCAUCCGUAUUCAGGCUUUGAAAAAAGUUCCCGUCGGCACAUUGACCUUGCACGGUCCAGUGGAAUUGCGGGUUCAGCACCCACCAGGCAAUACUGCAUCCACAGUCCACGGGAUUAUCUAG